AUGGCUGUCGUGGCGAAAUCUAGUCAUCGCAACUUUCGCCACGUUUCUCCUGAUUUACGCGAUUCACUUGUUCGUGUGGGACAGUUCAUGGGGAUGCGAUCGCCUACCGCUUGUCUCUGGGCCCUGCAGCGCUCCAAUGUGUAUCGAACAGUGGACCCCGAGGCCGCAUCCCUCUUCGUCCUCCCCGUGCUGCAUCCAUCCUUCUCAUCCUUCUUCUCCCUUCACCCCUCCAGGGCCCUGCAGCGCUCCAACGUGCAUCGCACAGUGGGUCCCGCUGCUGCUUCUCUCUCAUCCUGCAUCCAUCCUUCUCAUCUCCCUCUCUCUUCUCCCUUCUCCAGAGCCCUGCAGCGCUCCAACGUGCAUCGCACAGUGGGUCCCGCUGCUGCUUCUCUCUCAUCCUGCAUCCAUCCUUCUCAUCUCCCUCUCUCUUCUCCCUUUUCCAGAGCCCUGCAGCGCUCCAACGUGCAUCGCACAGUGGGUCCCGCUGCUGCUUCUCUCUCAUCCUGCAUCCAUCCUUCUCAUCUCCCUCUCUCUUCUCCCUUUUCCAGAGCCCUGCAGCGCUCCAACGUGCAUUGCACAGUGGGUCCCGAGGCUGCUUCGUUCGUCUUCCUUCCCCAUGCUGCAUCUUGCUGCAUCCCCUUCGUCCUCCCCCACUCCUCCCUUUCCAGGGCACUGCAGCGUUCAAACAGCCCUGCAGCGCUCCAAUGUGUAUCGCACAGUGGAUCCCGAGGCCGCCUCCCUCUUCUUCCUCUCUGUGCUGCAUCAUUCCUCCUCAUCCCCCCCCACCCCUCCUCCAGAGCCCUGCAGCGUUCCAACGUGUAUCGAACAGUAGACCCCGAGGCCGCUUCCCUCUUCUUCCUCCCCGUGCUGCCCAUGCUGCACCUCGCCCUGCGCCUGCCCUCCCUGCAAGCCCCCUCCCUAGCACUCGCUGCAGCAGCAGCAGGGGGAGGGGGAGCAGGGGGGAACGGUCUUGAGCUGUCGCUAGAGCAUUGGGAGGCGCUGGCUGAUACUGGGCGUUAUGUGGGGGAGGCGUUAUUGUAUGUUCAGUCACACUAUCCCUACUGGCGUCGCAGUGGGGGCAGCGAUCACUUCAUCAUUGCAUCACACCCGUAUGGCCGAUGUGGCGAUCACAUCAACAUCGUGUCAUGUCUGUUUGGCCAAUGCAGGUACGUGUCAUGUCCCGGGUUGACUCGGCCCUCCUCCUACCCAGACCUUCUCUUCCGCUCCGUCCUCCACCUCUCCCCCGCCGCCGCCGCUGCCGCUGCUGCCAGAAGGAGCGCCGCGGCCAGCAGCAAACAGAAAAAUGCUGCCGGCCGGUUGAAAGCUGCGCUAGCAGUGAAGAAACGGCAGGGGGAGGAGCAGGAAGGGGUGAGGGGUGGAGAUGGGAAGCAGCAGGGCCGUGUGGGGGGGAAGAAGCAGAGGAUGCAGCAGUUGGGCAGGAAGGAGAGGAGGCGGGGUGGGGUGGACGAGGCAGAGAGUGGGGGUUUGGGGAUGGGGGAGGGGCGUUUUGGGAGGCUGGGUGGGAAGAAGCAACCUGUAGCUGUGGGGAUUGAUGAGGUGGGUCGAUGGGGAUUGAUGAGUGGUGGUUAUUGGGAUCGCCACGGGCUCUGGAAAGAGGGUGAAGGCGAUGAUGUUGCAGCUGCAGAUGGGGUAGCAGGGGCAGCGGUGGAAGGAGGGGCAGCAGGAGGAGCAGGGGAAGCACGGGAAGCAGGGGCAGCAGGGGAAACAGGGGCGGCAGGGAAAGCAGUCGCAGCAGGGGAAUCCGGAAAAGCUGAAGGCUGGAGGGAGGACAUGCCAAGAAGGGAUGAGGGGAUAGGCGUAGCAGGGGGAGGGUUUGACCGAGAGGCGGUGCGAGGGGCGUUCAUGGAGAUGAUGGGAACGAGCAACCCCAAGGGGUGGGCGCUGCUUCAGCUACCCCCACAUGCAGCUGCGGAAGCAAUACAGGGAGCAGUGUUCUGUGUGUGCCUUCCAGACGCCUCCCACUGGCACGAGAUGGUGUGCAUGGCUCAAGCCGUGGUCAACGGGUGCAUCCCAGUCACCUUCUUCCACCACUACCGCCACCCCUGGCUGCACUCGCUGCCAUUCAGCGCUUUCUCUCUUAAUAUAGACCCCAUGGACGUGCACGAGACAGCAAUGCGCCUGGACGUGAUGCUGCUGGAUAUGAGCCUCGUGUGGCGCAUGCAGACAGAGCUACUCUCGGUGCAGCAGCGAUUGCUCUAUAACGAGUCUGCUCCUAUCAGUGCCGUUGACCAGGUUAGUGACUCCCUAGUACAAUAG